AUGGACGCCUUUGACUUUGGGCAGCUGUCCGUCAGCGGGCGCAAGAUCAUUGUCGGCAUCGACUUUGGUACCACUUAUUCAGGAGUAGCGUGGGCUGAAACCCAACGUCCCGAUCGACGAACUGCCAUCACUACCUGGCCGAUCAGCAAGACCAUCCGCGAGGGCGAAUCUUCGGACAAAGUCCCUACCAAGCUGCGAUAUGCCGGCGACGAGGUUCAAUGGGGCUUUUCAAUCCCCGUUACUGCACCACAAGAUGAAGUUGUCGAGUGGUUCAAGCUUGACCUCGAUCCUUCUCUCCAAAGCAUGGGUCAAGCUGUCUCCUCAGAGGCUCGAGGUGGCCGCAAUGUCGACAAGCUUGUGACGGACUACAUUUCUGCCCUGGGCAAUCAUCUCGUCUACACUUUGAAGGAGAAGCUCGGAGAACAGGUUGUCAACACCACACCGUUGGAAUUUGUUGUCACGGUGCCCGCUAUCUGGUCAGAUCUCGCCAAGGAUAAGACCAAGCAAGCCUGCCAAAGGGCUGCUGGCCUCAACACUGUUACCAACACUGUUGCUCCCAUCCAUCUUGUCUCUGAGCCCGAGGCUGCUGCCAUCUAUGCCUUACAUGGCCUGGACCCACAUGGGCUCAAGGUGGAUGACACUGUGGUGGUUGUAGAUGCUGGAGGAGGAACUGUGGACUUGAUCUCGUACACAAUUACCAGUCUAAAGCCUAUUCUGGAGGUCCAAGAGGCUGCUCCAGGAUCUGGUGCUCUGUGCGGCUCGACGUUCCUCAACAUGCGCUUUGCCAAAUUUCUGAAGGCUAAGCUGGGCAAAGAAGACGGAUUUGACGACGAGAUCAUGGCCGAGGCCAUGGAACACUCUUUGACUAACGGUGCACAGGUCAAGCGACAGUUCACGCUCGGCGCUGCUCCAGACGACACCUACACCAUUCCAGUCGGUGGUCUGGCGAACAACAAAGAGCUGGGAAUCAACCGCGGUCGUUUCGCCUUGAAGGCAUCAGAUCUCCAAACCAUCUUCGAGCCCGUUGUUCUCGAGUGCAUCAAGCUUGUCAAAGACCAGAUCACAGCAAGCAAUGUGCCGAUUCAUGCUAUUCUCCUUGUCGGUGGGUUUGGCGCAUCCAACUAUCUCAAGGAGCGUUUGCGCAACGCUAUCGAUAAGAGCAUCCAGAUCAUGCAGCCACCCAAUGCUUGGCAGGCAGUUGUUCAAGGCGCUGUCAUGAAAGGUCUAGCUCAAGUAUCUCCUGACAAGCUUACGCAGGUCAAGGUGCAGAACCGCAAGGCCAGGAAGCACUAUGGCACCGAGUGGCGAAGCAAGUACGAUGCCAAGCUUCACAAGCAUCUCGAACAGAAGCGACACUGGUGCGGCUUGGAUGGUUGCUACAAAGUGUACACCAUGGAGUGGUUCAUUCAACGCGGCGAUAACGUCUCCGAAAACGAACCCUUCUACACAUCGUUCGUGUGGACUGGUCUGGUCAGUCAGGGCCGCAUCAAGAAGAUCAAGAUGGACAUCUACGCAGAUCGCAACCAGAGAAUUGCGCCUGUUGCUCGCGAUGAUAAUGUUGCAAUGCUCGUUCAUGUCGAGGCUGAUGUCGGACACAUCCCCGAGCACAUGCUCUCCCGCCGCCAGGGACUUGAUGGCCAAUGGUACUACGAGCUGAAUUGUAAGAUCGAAGCCGUCUAUCUUUCGGCCUCAACCACGUACACAUUGCUCUACAACAAUCAACGGUACAACACGGUGACGGCAGAACCUCAACCCGGGAUGCGCGACUUUGACUCCUUUCCUCAUCACAUCAACAACUUCAAGGUCGCCGGGAAAGAACCACACGACAACACAACUCUAACGAUCAACCACAUCACUGCGCUGUUCGUUGAAGGUAGAGGCGACGACGCCGCCCACCGCAAAGAUGGCGACGAGCACACCGUCGCGGGCUGGCUCACCGUGGCCGGCUCGUUUCUCGUCUACUUCGUGUCCUAUGGCUACAUGAAUAGCUUUGGGUACUUCCAGGACUACUACCUCGGCCAUAGUCUGGCUGGGUACCCGAGCUCGGUCAUCGCGAUCAUCGGGUCGCUCCAGCUUGGUCUUAUGAACCUCAUCCAGCCUGUCGCCGGUGGUCUCGCCGAUUCGUACAGCCCGAGCAUCCUCUACGCUGUCGCGGCUGUCGGGGCGAUUGUCUCCAGCGUCGGCGUCUCAUUCGCCCAGCCAGGCCACAUUUGGCAAUUCAUCCUCACUCAGGGCGUCAUCUUUGGAUCAACCGCCGUGUUUGGUACAGCGGUCUCCUUGCCUCUCGCUAGUCAGCACUUUACGAGAAGACGCGCAUUAGCCAUUGGUAUUGUCGCUAGCGGGAGCAGCGCGAGAGGAGUCUGCCUACCCAUCAUGUUCUCUCAUCUUGUGCCACGUAUCGGCUUCGGCUGGGCUUUGCGAAUUGCUGCGCUGAUUGCUCUAGUAUGCUACGGGAUCGCUAUUCUCAUCUCGCGGCCCAAGCUGCCACGCAAGCCUGUGAAAUCCAUCUGGUCUAUUGUGGACUUCAAUGGCUUCCGCGACCCCCGAUACUCUACACUGGCGCUUGCUAAUGUGGUCGGUAACUUUGGGCUUUACGUACCGUUCUACUACUUAGAGCCGUACAUCGCGGUUCACCACCCGGGAGCCGCGGUGAGGAACUACCUUCUCCCGCUUAUCAACGGAUCAAGCUUCUUCGGCCGAGUGAUCGGUGGAUACGUAGCCGAUCAUACUGGUGGAUUGAACCUCCUCUAUCCGCUGACGGCAAUUUCGGGCAUACUCUGCCUUACCUUGUGGCUUCUAUCCACCAGCGUCAGCAUGAUUGUAGCUUUUGCCUGUUUAUACGGCUUCUGCUCGGGAAUAUUUAUCAGCGUCACACCGUCCGUGACCGUCAGACUCUCUCCAACUGAUAAAGUCGGUGCCCGGCUGGGCGCAUUCUCCAUCUGGAGCACAAUCGGAGUCUUCACCGGCACGCCCAUAGGUGGCGCUUUCGUCCGACGAGGCACGCCGGAAGAGUAUCAGCACCUGAUCAUCUUCACCGGCAUGUGCCUCACGGCCUCUGCUGUCCUGCAGUUUGCAACGCGCAUCCUCUGUGAUAGAGAUCUACGCAAGAAGUGGUAA